UUGCUUUAUACAACUACUUUUGGAACUAAUGUGCAAGUUGGAACUGGCAGAAGAGAGAUUCAAAAGGGACAUAGAUCGUUGAGACCUUAACUUACGUAUGAUUCAAUGUCAGAGGAAAUGGCAAGUGAGAGGUUUUACUCUGUAUCCCAGAGGUUGCAGUCAGAUGAAGCAAAGCAAGAUAUCUAUUUGAAAGUUAACAAACCUCUUACCCUCAGGUUUGAAGAUGUUGUGCAUAAAAUAAAAAUUAGCAAAGGGAAAGGCUUGUUAUGCUACAACAAAGAGGUAAGUUCUGAGGAGACACUGGUCUUGAAAGGGAUCAGUGGUGUUAUUUUUCCAGGUGAAUUGUUAGUCAUUUUAGGCCCUUCUGGUUGUGGCAAAACAACUCUGUUAGCUGCUUUGGGAGGCCGGCUAAAUCACAGUAUCACUAGAGGAAGCAUAACCUACAAUGGCAAACCCCUCUCAAAAUCAGUGAAGCAAAACCUGGGAUUUGUUUCUCAACAAGAUGUCUUCUAUCCUCACCUAUCAGUCAGUGAGACACUCAUCUUUUCGGCUCUUCUUCGCUUGCCAAAUAGCGUAUCUAAAGAAGAGAAAAUCUUAAAAGCUCAGGCAAUUAUGAAUGAACUUGACCUGACUCAUUGUAAGGACACUAUAAUGGGAGGGCCACUCCUAAGGGGAGUUUCGGGUGGAGAAUGGAAAAGGGUUAGCAUAGGUCAACAACUUUUAACUAAUCCAAGUCUCUUGCUUGUUGAUGAGCCUACUUCAGGUCUUGACUCUACAACUGCUAGAAGAAUUGUGCUAACUCUAUGUGAGUUAGCUAAAGAUGGAAGGACUGUCAUAAUGACUAUUCACCAGCCUUCCAGCAAACUUUUUUACAUGUUCCAGAAGAUUUUACUGCUAUCAGAUGGUAGAAGCCUGUACUUUGGGAAGGGAGAAAAUGUUAUGAAUUACUUCUCCAGUAUCGGUUAUACUCCAUCCGUAGCUAUGAAUCCAACUGAUUUCUUACUUGAUCUUGCAAAUGGUAUUUAUUCUGAAAAUUUGGAAGAGGAUACAAAUGCUACAAAACAGGUGUUACUAUCUGCUUUUGAGAGUAACCUUGCAAGCCAAGUGAAGAUGGAACUUCAAAUUUCCAGGGAUUCAAUCCAUCACAAUUCAGAAGAUGAGAUAUUCGGUCAACAUUGCACAACUUGGUGGCAGCAGUUUACUAUAUUACUAAGAAGGGGUUUCAAAGAAAGAAAGUAUGAGCAAUUUUCACCCCACAAAAUCUGUCAUGUUUUCGUCUUGUCAUUCUUUGCAGGCUCUCUCUGGUGGCAGUCUGGAGCUGAUCAAAUGCAUGACCAGGUAGCACUACUUUUCUACUAUACACAAUUUUGUGGAUUCUUCCCUAUGGUCCAGUCUAUUUUUACAUUUCCUCGUGAUCGCGAAAUGAUAAUAAAGGAAAGGUCCUUCUACAUGUAUAGACUCUCAUCUUACAUCAUAGCAAGUAAUCUUGAUGACCUUCCAUUGCAGCUAGCCUUGCCAACCCUUCUUGUCACUGUUACUUAUUGGAUGGGAGGGCUAAAAGCCAAAGCUUCAAUUUUCUUUCGUACUCUAGCUGUUGCUCUUCUCUAUUCUUUGGUAUCACAAGGUUUUGGCCUUGCUAUUGGAGCAUUGCUGAUAAAUAAUCAAAAAGUAGCUAUUACAGUUGGAACUGUGGUCAUGACAUUGUUUCUUCUAGUUAAUGGCUUCUUUGUUCGAAAUACGCCAGCAUUUGUGUCCUGGAUAAAGUACCUAUCUCAUGGCUAUUAUUCCUAUAAGCUCUUGCUAGGAUCACAGUUUAACGGUUAUGACACUUACCAUUGUGGUCAAAAUGUCACCUGCUCAGCUGUGAACUAUCCUACAAUUAAGCAUGUGGGCAUUGACAAGCAAGGUUUAUCUGUUGCUGCUUUGGUGGCAAUGCUUGUAGGCUACAGACUUAUUGCCUAUUUUGCCCUUAGGAUUGGCACUAAACUUAACUAGAGCCCUUCUACUGUAGAUGUCAAAAUUUCGUUUAAUAAGGAAAUAUUGGUUUGUUAAGGAUUAUUCUGCUGUUAAUCAUAACAAUAUUUUGCUUUUAUUGCAUUAUCUUGUUUUAAGCUGCAUUAAUAUAA